AUGACUCUUUCAGAGCAGCAGAGAUGGAUCACGGUCCAGGAAAAGACGUUUACCAAAUGGCUUAACACAAAGAUUGUAGCCAGAAAUCUUGAGGUCAAGGACUUGGUGCCGGAUCUUAGCGAUGGUGUUAUGUUGAUUCACUUGCUCGAAUGCCUGUCUCACGAAUCCCUCGGUCGAUAUGCCUCCCGGCCGAAGCUCCGAGUCCAGAAGUUUGAAAAUGCCAACCUGUCUUUGGACUUCAUCAGGUCGAGGGGUAUCCAGAUGACAAACAUUGGUGCUGAAGAUGUCGUCGAUGGCAACCGCAAGAUUGUUCUCGGUCUUAUCUGGACCCUGAUUCUGCGCUUUACCAUCAGUGAUAUCAACGAGGAGGGCAUGUCUGCCAAGGAGGGUCUGCUCCUGUGGUGUCAACGAAAAACUGCAUGCUAUGACGAGGUCGAAGUUCGCGACUUUAGUAGCAGCUGGAACAACGGCCUUGCCUUUUGCGCUUUGCUCGAUAUUCACCGCCCGGAUUUGAUUGACUUUGAUACCCUGGACAAGUCGGACCACCGCGGCAACAUGCAGCUGGCCUUUGACAUUGCCCAAGAGGAGAUUGGCAUUCCCAAGCUGUUGGAUGUGGAAGAUGUGUGCGACGUGGCGAAGCCUGAUGAGCGAAGUUUGAUGACAUACAUUGCCUACUGGUUCCAUGCCUUCUCCCAGAUGGAAAAGGUCGAAAAUGCAGGACGACGUGUUGAAAAGUUUUUCAACAACAUGCAGGGCGCGUGGGAGAUGCAAAAUGCCUACGAGAGACGAAUGCGGGAGCUCCUCAAGAACAUCCGAGGCCAGGUCGACCAGUGGCACACGGCCAAGUUUGAAGGCACCUAUGUUGAUGCAAAGGCCCAGGCCGCUCAGUUCUCAGAGUACAAGAGGGGUAAGAAGCGAGAGUGGGUUGCUGAGAAGAGCGAGCUGGCCACGUUGUUGGGAAAUAUCAAGACGAAGCUCAGCACGUACCGGUUACGGCCCUACGAACCUCCGUUCGAGGUCAGUCAAGAGGUCAUUGAGAGAGACUGGAAGAGCCUCACAAAGAGCGAGAUGGCUCGCGCACAGCUCAUUAAUGAGACCAUUCGAGAUAUCAAAAACGCCCUGCGAAAGUCGUUCGCUGAUAAAGCCAACGAUUUCGCAAUGGCUCUGAACACCAUGCAACUUGCCAUUUCAGGCUUGGAUGGCGAUAUUGAAGAUCAGUUACACCACGUCAAAAAACUCAGCGACAAUUUGGCACCCCUCGAUCGAUAUCUCAGCACCAUUGCAGAAGUAGAUGCCAUGUGUGAGGAAGCAAACAUUGAGGAGAACGACUUCACUACAUACACAUAUGACGAAUUGGCCUACGAGUUAACCUUGGUCAGAUCGUCCGUCCAGAAAAAGCUGGCCUUUUUGGAAAACCAAAUGGUUGCCCGCAACAUGACCAACUUGACGCCCAUCCAACUGGAAGAGUUCGAGAGUGUGUUCCGUCAUUUCGACCGCGACGCUUCAAAUUCGUUGCAGGAGCUCGAAUUCAGUGCGGCCCUGGCCUCGCUGGGACUGGUUUUCUCUGAAGAGGAGAUGCACGACUACUUUGUCGAUACGUCUGGGGGCAAGGAAUAUGUCACAUUCGAGCAGUUUAUUCGUUUCAUGGUCGAUGUCACCGAGGACCAAAACACUGCCGAGCAAGUUUUUCAGUCGUUCCGAGAGGUUGCGGAUGGAAAACCAUACGUCACGGAAAUGGAUCUGCGCCACAGUCUUGUCCCUGAAGAGGUCAUUGAUACGCUCCUCAACAUGAUGCCGCCACACAGCGGCCCGGAUAUGUCAAGAGAUCGGGGUAAAGCGCAGUAUGACUACAUCUCCUUCAUGGAGAAGAUGAUGGGUGGCGAGGAUGCGGACGACGAUAUACCACCCGGUGUGCUCCAGGAUAGCACUAACAGCGGUGAUCGACCCCGAAGAGAUUCCAAGGUCAACGGCGUGCAUGCUUAA